AUGAACCUGAGGCUGGUGAGGUUCGAUAGAUCUGGCACCUGGCCUGAAAACCCGUUUGCCUUCAGGCUGAGGAGCCGGAGGGCCGUGAGCAGGGUGAUCGAGCGGGGGAAGCCGCCGCGGAGGCCGAGAUUCUCGAGAACCAAAUGGUACACCCGGCCGUGGAGGCACGAAACCCCGAGCCACGAGCCCGUGCAUGGGUCGGACGAGGAGUUCCAGGAUGCGAGGACGACGUCGUUCGGGUCUGCGGAGGUUUUGAGGAGGAGGAGCGCUUGGGUGUCGGGGUUGGUGAGAGCGGAAGCACAGUUGAGGAGGAGGAGGAGGGAGACGGCGGCGGCGAAAGGGUUGGAUUUUGGUUUUCCGGCGGCCGACAUUGUCGUUGAGUGUGAGUUUUUCAGAGGGUGCGACUUGUGA